AUGACUCCCCAGUUGCCAGGCGGUCCCACAGCGCCCAGAGCUCCUCACCUGGACUCCACCCGUGCUCCGCCCUCGCCUCAGACUCUACCGCCAGGGGAAUUUGGGUAGGGGGGAAGUGUCAGAGCCUGCCCGGCCCCGGCCAUGGGGCGAGGGGCGGCAGCUGGGGCCCUGCUGGUGGCACUGGGGGUGCUGGGAGCCCCCCCGGCUGCGGGCGCGGAGCUCUCGGGGCUGUUCCAGGAGAUGGUUCAGUCCGAAUGUCACUUCAUUAACGGCACCGAGCGGGUGAGAUUCGUGAAGAGAUUCAUCUACAACCGGGAGCAGUACGUGCACUUCGACAGCGAUGUGGGGCACUUUGUGGGGGACACCCCAUAUGGGGAGGAGGUUGCCAGGCACUGGAACAGCGACCCCGAAUGGAUGGAGCACAGACGGGGUGCGGUGGACAGGCACUGCCGACACAACUACGAGUUGUCCACCCCGUUCCUCGUGGAGCGCCGAGUGCCCCCCAGCGUGUCCAUCUCCCUGGUGCCCUCGAGCUCCCAGCCCGGCCCCGGCCGCCUGCUCUGCUCCGUGAUGGAUUUCUACCCUGCUGCCAUCCAGGUGAGGUGGUUCCAGGGCCAGCAGGAGCUCUCUGUGUUGGCCACCGAUGUGGUCCCCAAUGGGGACUGGACCUACCAGCUCCUGGUGCUGCUGGAAACCCCCCCCCAGCGCGGGCUCACCUACAGCUGCCAGGUGGAGCACGUCAGCCUGGAGCAGCCCCUGAGCCGGCACUGGGAGAUACCACCGGACACCGCCCGCAGCAAGAUGCUGAUGGGGAUUGGGGGCUCCGUGUUGGGCUUUGUCUUCCUGGUGCUGGGGCUCAGCUUCUACCUGUGCAAGAAGGUGAGGAGGGUGCCGGUGGUCGUGUCCCCCCUCCCCCGGAGCGUGUGCGCUCCUGCCGGGGCCCCCAGCCCGGUGUCACCCCCUUUUCUCUGCCCACAGAGCUCCUGA